AUGUUCCGCCCAGUACACACGACCGCUCAAAGUGAAACCGAAAAGCAUUCGAGUUGGCAACACUUUUCCCGCACCAACAACACGUACAACGUAACGUGGCCCGAGCACGUGUUGGCGUGCGUUAUCGACGAGACCCCCGGGAGCUUCCUCGCCACCAGUCUAUUUCAGACAAUUGUUUACGUCACGUACAGCUCUGUGUUCCUCGUCGCGCUCACGGGCAACGGGCUGGUGUGUUUCGUCGUGCACACGUCGCCCCGGAUGAAGACGGUGACCAAUUACUUCAUGGUGAACCUCGCGGUCGGUGACAUUUUGAUGACACUGUUUUGUGUGCCGUUCUCGUUUGUGCCAGUGUUGGUGUUGCGUUAUUGGCCAUUCGGCGCUGUCAUGUGCAGUGUGGUGAACUACUCGCAGGCGGUAUCGGUGCUGGUCAGUGCGUACACCUUGCUCGCUAUUUCGAUCGACAGAUACCUAGCGAUCCUGCGGCCGCUAAGGCCGCGAAUGGGGAAGUCCGUGGCGAAGGUGGUCGUGGUCGCGAUUUGGUGCGGCGCUUUACUCACCGCCUCGCCCAUACCAAUUGUUUCCAAACUACAGAAGCCUUCGUUGUGGCAUCUGGCGUGUGAUGUCAACAUCUGUAGCGAAAAAUGGGAUAACGCUCAGUACAGUGAACGAUACACUCUCGUGUUGCUGACCCUACAAUUCGCUCUGCCAUUAGCAGCCCUUGUGGGGACCUACAGUCGAAUCGCCUACGUAGUUUGGGGCGUGAGGCCGCCCGGGGAAGCUCAGUCCGACCGCGAUUCCCGAAUGCAGAAUUCCAAACGAAAGAUGGUCAAGAUGAUGGUUACCGUGGUAGCAGUUUUUGUUGUGUGCUGGUUACCGUUGAAUAUUUUUAUCAUGCUUUGGACAAUUCACGGAAAUGAUGACGAGUGGAGCGCUUGGCCUGAACUGGUGGGCGUGAAAGUACAACGACGGGCCACACUAGGCCAUAAAAGUCGAGUAUCACGGGCGACUAGCUACGAGGAAUGUUCAAGAUGUAUACGCAAAGAGAAAAACAUCAGAAGCAGCUUACAGCCCCCCGCGCGAGCACUCUCUAUACGUAAUGAGUUCAAA